GUACGUUCGUUGGGAUGGUCCAAGAAACGAUUCACACACGAAGCAGCAGCACCACGCAGGGGAAUGUCAAAGUCUCGCAAAACACGCACAAUCACGUUUACACAUUUCUAUCACCAACACCGCGGAGCAGUUUGUUUUGUGUGGGGAAACCAGCUGACGUGAGCGUAAACAAAGGACAAGGAGGGCGCUGUUGGCGCUGUUCGUUAUUGACGAUGCUGAAUUUGAAAAUUGCGCCGUAUUAAAAUUAACACGUCGUUACCUGUAAAACCACGUACGAUUACACUUUGUUCGAUGCUUCAUAUUAUUGUGCUAUUGCCAUUCAAAAGUUUUACCCAUUCUUUACGGGCUGUUGAAGAAAAUUUAGUUAUUCCAAAGUGAAAAGCACGCGAACAUUUUGACGAAAUUUCGGAAGCAAAUUACUUACCAUAGGAAGUAAUUCGUCAUGAGUUCUGCGAGACAAAAAAAAAUUCUGUGGACGAUGGACUUAUUGAAGAACAAUAAGAGUGGUAAAAGAUACAAUGAAACUACAGUUUUCCUCGAAAGGAAACUUUUCGACUAGCAACAAUCGGUGCACUUCAUACUGCGAUGUGUAUAAAAAGAAAUAAAUCAAUGAGAUCAAUCUCGUCGAGUCAAAGAGAAUCUCGUUGUGGCGUCAUCUUUGAACCGCAUCAGAAACUCUGUAGGAAAACGAGGUCGUACAUCCCCCAAGGCGACUCGACCAAUGUAAAAUUGUAUUAUUUAUUGAUUUUGAGCAAUCGCGAAGCAUCGCCCAGUACAUAUACGAUUCGUCGCAAAUAUAUGUCUCGGAAAUAAAUAAAUCACAGAGAAUUUGGAUCUCGAUGAUAAAGCGAGAAGAGUAGUGUGUGAUACUCGAUAAAAUGGGGUUUCAGAGUGAAAUUGUAAUGUUUUAAUUUGGCAGAAUCUUUCGCAAUUUGACGUUAUUUAUGCACAGCGUAAAAAAACGAAACACAACCAAUGAAAGCCGCUAUUGAAGGAUUUUAUCCUGCGGUUUCUCAUGCAUUAAAGCUUCUUAUACCGCGAUAAUAAUAACCCAAAUUUUUUUUAGAAGAUAAAAAAAAUAUUUUGUUUUCCUCAAAGAUCGCGAUCUCACAUUUUCGACGAUCUUCUCGGUGUGACAAAAAAUUCACACUUUUUGUCCGCAAUUUUUUGAUGCGUUAUCGGUGGAUAAGUGAUAACGCGUCGCGGUAGAGCGCGGAAGGGAGAAGAGAAAAAACUCCUCAGGUUGUCAUUUCGGUGAUACAAACAUGGCGGCGAAUCUCGAGGAAGAACAGAGUUUGCGGGAGUGCGAGAAUUACAUACAAAGACACAACAUACAACAAGUACUCAAGGACUGCAUCGUACAGCUUUGCGUUGGGCGGCCACAGAAUCCAAUAUCAUUUCUUCGAGAAUAUUUCCAAAAACUCGAGAGGGAACAAGCUCACGAUGCGAAGCAGCAAACAGCAACGAGUCCGGAGGACAUUGAAGAUUUGCCGGCGGGUCAACAAGGCCCUCAAGUGCGUCGGAGAGGUGGAAUAUCGGCGGAGCCGGUGUCAGAAGAGGACGCGACGAGUUACGUGAAAAAAGUGGUGCCCAAAGAUUACAAAACGAUGGCAGCUCUGAGCAAAGCCAUCGCUAAAAACGUCCUUUUCGCUCAUCUCGACGAGAACGAACGUUCCGACAUUUUCGACGCGAUGUUUCCCGUUAUUUUUUUGCCCGACGAGCCCAUCAUAAGACAAGGUGACGAGGGCGACAACUUUUACGUUAUCGAUCAGGGUGACGUGGAAAUAUACGUUAACGGUGAGCUCGUUACGACUAUCGGCGAAGGCGGAAGUUUUGGUGAAUUGGCUCUCAUCUAUGGCACACCAAGGGCUGCCACCGUCAGGGCAAAAACUGACGUCAAACUGUGGGGUAUUGAUCGCGAUUCCUAUCGUAGAAUACUCAUGGGAUCAACCAUAAGGAAACGGAAAAUGUACGAGGAAUUCUUAUCCAGAGUUUCUAUUCUUGAAUCAUUGGACAAGUGGGAACGUCUUACCGUUGCGGAUGCUCUUGAACCCGUAGCAUUCGAGGAUGGCGAAACAAUAGUUAGGCAGGGCGAGCCUGGUGAGGAUUUCUACAUAAUCGUCGAAGGCACUGCGGUCGUGUUGCAGCAACGGAGCGAAGGCGAGGAACCUUCGGAAGUCGGUCGUCUCGGGCCUUCGGAUUACUUUGGUGAAAUAGCUCUCCUGCUGGACAGGCCAAGAGCAGCGACGGUCGUAGCUCGAGGACCGUUGAAAUGCGUAAAACUCGAUAGAGCACGAUUUGAGCGGGUCUUGGGUCCGUGUGCUGACAUUUUAAAGCGCAACAUAACACAGUACAACAGCUUCGUGUCACUCUCCGUGUAAAAAUUAAAAAAAAAAACGAAAAAGUAGCGAAAGAACCGCCAUUCACAAACUGAUACUCGUAUGGCAACAACAGUCCUCGAAAAUUAUACUUCAUCUCAUUGUUAUAAUUUUCCUAUUUUAUUAAUAUUUUAAUAAUUAGUGUAUCUACGUCGGCUAUUAAUAUAUAACAUAAAUAUAUGGAAAUAUUAUUAUUAUUAUUAUUAUUAUAUUCAUAUUGUAUCGUUAGAAUUCUGUAAUAAAUAUCUAAUCUAUUAUUAAAGAAGCAAAAUAUAUAAAUGA